AUGGCGCAACAAGGUUCAUCACAAAUGCGUCCACAAGGCACUUCCAGCGUCACCCAGACCACCACAGAAACCAGCGCGUCUCCCAUACUUCAUCUCAGACCAUCUAAGCGCAAACUGAAGAAAAAACCUCUGGUCAGAUGGACAGAAGACACUGUAGAUAAUGAGCAUAUGAACAAGAAAAAGACCAAAAUUUGCUGUAUUUUCCAUCCGCAGCGCCAGUUUGACGACGGGUCGUCGUGUGAAUCUUGUUCUUCAAGUGACUCGUCGAGCGAUGGCUCUGACACCGAGGAUUCAAAACCCAAUGCUUACGAGCACCAGCCCCACUACAAAAACCAGUCCAAAGUACCUCAAUAA